GAGGAGAGAGAUGGAGAGAUAACAGACAUGUGACACAGACCCUCCCUCCCCCUCUUCAAGACCGGUAUCAUAUUACUGUUACAUUCAAUACUGUAGAAUAGGAGAAGACUUGUCUCACACACACACACACACACACACACACACGGAAGUGUGUCUUAGCCUGUUAACCAAAGUGAAGUUUUUUUAUAUACUGGGAGUCAAAAACAUCCUCUGCCAUCAUUGAUUUUAUUCCAUAUUUAAUAUGUUACCAUUAGCGUACAUGAUCAGUCAAAUGUUAUUGUAGAGGAAAUGAGAAGCAGUAUUGCACUACCUCAGAACUGUUGUUUGUUAGACUUCUAUAAAGGGACGUGGAUAUUAUGCAUCUUUAAAUGUACCUGGGGGAACUAACAUGAAAUGACACUAUACAGUGGAUUUACACGGUGUUUAGUUUUUCAGACCGUUUUAUAUUAGUGGUGGUUUAGGUGCCUUUAAAUGAGGAGAAUAAAGGAUCAUUUAAUGUCUGGAUGAAGUGAGGGUUAGGAUCUGUGGAUCUGUUCAGAUCUCUCUCUCUCCUAUGUUCUCAUGUACAAUGGACACCAACUGAAACGUGUACAACCUGCUAUGACUACAUUCCCACAACCAUAUAUUUAUUUUUCCUCUUCGUUUUCUCUUUAAUUAAAGAGAGAGCACCGUCAUUGGCAUAUUUGACUCCUGUAGUAUUUGUAUGUCGUAUGUACAGUAUGUAUGUACAGGAUGUAUGUACUGGAAGUGGGUUAUCCAAUCAAUUCCCCAAUUUCUGCCAUUGUUGCACAGAUGAGGGUUUUAUUCUAUUGAUUUUUAUGGCAGAUUCAUUUGCCAUUCUGGUGUAAUGUUGUCCAUUCCAAAUGAAAACGUGUUGGUGUUUUUUCUGUGACACUACAAAUAAUGUCCAUCCAAUCUAUGAUUCCUAUAAUUUAGCAUUAUUUAUUGCUUACGCAUUCAAACCGCAUAAUCUACUACAAUGUAUGGUGAACACAAUACUGCUGGGGAAAAUAACUAGUCAAAAACCUAUUGUUGUCCCACUACACAUCUUGUGACUCACUUGUCCUCUGUUAACUUCUAUUGUAAAUGACCUUGUACUGUGCUGUACAGAUUGAAAUGUGAUGAUGAUGAUGAUACGUGCUUUUCAGCACAGCACACUGAGAAGUAUAGGGCUAGAUGGGGACCAGUUAGAAUAUAACGGGUGGAAAGAUGAGACACACAAUGGGAAUUACACAUGAUUGAAAACAACUGGUGCAAAGUCAAUCUGGUGUAAAAUCUCUGUAUGAUAAGUGUUGGUUACUCUUGGGCUAUUUUUUUAAAUUAAAUAUAUUGGGAAAACAAAUGGAUGUUUAUUACGGAAUGAGAGUGUAUUUUAAAAACUAAUUAACAAACAGCAUUGUUUUGACUACAAUUGUGUCCAACUUUGAUACAGUAGCAAACCCGUAGCUACUUGCAUGGAAUCGGCCACGCGCAUUAUUUCCUAUAUCAACAGUUUGCGUGACUAUCCUCGUUCUGGUUGAGACUUGUGAAAAUAUACAUUUGUGAUAUUAUUGCAUCAAAAAAAAUUGUCCGGUAACGCAAAGAUGUGGAAGUCAGUGGUGGGACACAACGUGAGCAUAAAGGUUGCAGAGGGGGACGACUGGGAGACCGACCCUGACUUUGAGAAUGAUGUGUCAGAACAGGAACAGAGAUGGGGGGCCAAGACCAUUGAGGGGUCUGGUCGAAAAGAACACAUCAGUGUAUCAGAGCUGAGACAGAAGGUGUCCCAGGAGCAUGAGGUGGGGAAGCAGAAGGAGCGAGCGGAGGCUCCCAAGGCCUCUUACGGUUACGGAGGGAAGUUUGGAGUGGAGAAAGACCGCAUGGACAAGGGGGCAGUGGGGCAUGGCUACGUGGCGCAGGUGGAGCAGCACUCAUCCCAGACCGAUGCAAAGAGAGGAUUCGGGGGUAAAUUUGGAGUGCAGAAAGACCGUGUGGAUAAGUCUGCCAUGGGUUUUGAAUACAAGGGUGAGGUGGAGCAGCAUACAUCUCAGAAAGACUAUUCAAAGGGUUUUGGGGGGAAGUUUGGGGUGGAGAAGGAGAAAGUGGACAAGGCUGCCUUGGGAUACGACUACAAGGGAGAGACCGAGAAGCACCAGUCUCAGAAAGACUAUUCAAAGGGUUUUGGAGGGAAGUUUGGGGUGGAGAAGGAGAAAGUGGACAAGGCUGCCUUGGGAUACGACUACAAGGGAGAGACCGAGAAGCACCAGUCUCAGAAUGACUAUGCCAAGGGCUUUGGGGGACGCUAUGGCGUCCAGACAGACCGCAUGGAUAAAAGUGCAGUGGCCUUCACAGACAUGGAAUCCCCUACCUCUGCCUAUGAGAAGACAAUACCAAUGGAGGCAUCAAGUGCAGGGGCAGGCAACCUGAAGGCUCGCUUUGAGAACCUGGCUCGGUCAUCAGAUGAGGAGAACAGAAAGCGAGCGGAGGAGGAGAGAGCCAGGAGACAGGCUAGAGAGAAGAGAGAGCAGGAGGAGGCACGACGCAGACAACAGGAACAGAACAGCAGGGAGGAGGAAGCAGAGCAGCAUCAGCCUCCACCUGUUGAAGAGCAGAGACCUCCACCUGUUGAAGAGCAGAGACCUCCACCUGUUGAAGAGACCAACAGGAAGCCCCAACCACCACAGCUGCCCACUGCCAGGGCAGUGCCUCAGAUACCAAGAGAUGAGCCAGUGGAAGAGGAGGAGCCAGUCUAUGACCAGCCCCCGUGCCUGCCCCCACGGUCAAGUGACCUGCUGGAGGCGGAGCCACCUCAGGAGCAGACCCCAUCAGAACCAGAGCAGGAGGAUGAGGGAGAGUAUGAGGAUAUCUCACCAAUACCUUUCCCAGAACCUGAUCCAGCUGUGGAUAAUGACUAUGAGGACCUGACAUGCGGUCAGACCGCAGUGGCCAUUUAUGACUACCAAGGAGAGGCAGAUGAUGAGAUCUCCUUCAACCCCGAUGAUGUCAUCACCAACAUAGAGAUGGUGGACGAAGGCUGGUGGAAGGGACACUGUCACGGACGCAUUGGACUUUUCCCUGCUACAUUCGUGAAAAUGAUGUAGUGAGCGUGCCUAUACAGUCUCCAACACAGACAUAUACCUGAGUCUUUUCACAGGGGGGACAUCAGCAUAUUGAUCCUAUCGGACAGGUAUAGGUAGAUUGUACCGUGGUAGAAUCUCAAUUGCAUACGCCUCUAUCCUCACUUUCUCAAUACCCAUUGGAGAAAGAACCUCUGGCUUUCUCAUCCAAUGGGCUUUGAGGUGAGGAGGACGCAAGGAGUAUACAAUUGAGAUUCUCCCCAUGUUUUCUAAUCAAUUAAUUUAUAUCUGGUCAGUAGUCAUGACAUAUAAUGAAUAGUCAUUGUGCUUCAUAUUGCUCAGGGUGGGGAUGCAUAAAAGCUGAUUGCUAAAUGUUCCAGUGAAAUUCUCAUACACUUACACUUCAAAUGAUUAUGGAAGUCAUUUAGCUAUGGAAUGUUUUGUUUAAAAACCGCAUGUAAUCAAUAAAAUGUCUUAAUGUACAGAAACACAUUUAUUUACUCCAACGUGACAGCCAGAUGAUAUGGACCGUUUGUUACAUGUAUAAUGAAUGUCUUUGUAAUGAUGGGCUAGGCUACAGGAAGAGCAAAUCAAACAGGAAUGGAGCUACCAACAGCAUUAUUGGGGUAAAAUGUAAAGAUGUAAAAUGUAAAGCUUUCAUUCAAGUGAAGUAUGUCAAUGCAAUACUAUACCAUUGUGCCCAAAAAUACAACUGUUGAUUGCUUA